AUGUACAGGGGGUUUCGACGGUCCCGGCCCAGGAUGUAACACUUGUGGCAGCCCUGCAACGGCCGUCGGCGCCAUUUCUUUCCGCGUGGACCUGCUUGUCGUCUGCCGUCACCCGUCACGCCUUUAACACGCGUCAGGUCAAGUCGCGUGGAGAGUGGAGACACGGGCGCGAGUGAUUGAGUUCUCGGACGACGAUCGGCCGGUCCGCUCGGCGCAGCUCGGCGGCGUGCCGCGUUAACCUUUAACGCGGAUUACCUUUCGAAAGUGGCACACGUAGGCAACAGGUGUCCACGUUGACCGCCGCGCGCUCCCGACGGUUGACAGCACGACAGACGACAAGUCGGCGACGGCAGACGCGCGAUCGCCCCGGCUGGACAAUCUUCUCCGGGACAUCCUCGACUGAGGCGCUUGCGACAAAAUGAAUUACGACUACCUGGUGAAGUUCCUGGCGCUCGGCAACUCCGGGGUCGGCAAGACGAGCUUCCUCUAUCAGUACACCGACGGCACGUUCAACUCCAGAUUCAUUUCCACCGUUGGAAUCGACUUCAAGGAGAAACGAGUGAUAUAUCAAACGGCAAAUGGCAGAACCCAACGAGUGCACUUGCAGCUCUGGGACACGGCCGGUCAAGAAAGGUUCAGAAGUCUAACCACAGCCUUUUACCGGGAUUCCAUGGGUUUCCUACUAAUUUUUGACCUGACCAAUGAAUCAUCGUUUCUCGAAGUUAGAAACUGGCUGGAGCAGCUUAGGACACACGCAUAUUGUGAUGAUCCAGACAUAAUUCUCUGUGGCAAUAAAUGCGAUCUUGAGGAUAAACGCGUCAUCAGCGAACACAAAGCGCGGGAUCUUGCAGAAAGACACGGCUUGGUUUACCUGGAGACAAGUGCUGCAACCGGGCAGAAUAUCGAGCGUGCCGUAGAAAUUUUAUUGGACCGCGUAAUGCGCAGAAUGGAGGCUACGGUGGAUAAGUCGCCGUUACCACAUCAAAAAGUUCUAAGAUGUCACGAGCGCGAUACUCCACCACCCAGGAGUUCCUGUUACUGCUGACAGUGCCGGUACAUGUAGUUAUCCAAACUACAUUCUGUCUGUCGAAAUCAAAAGAAAGAGCGUAUUACGAAACUGGCGUCUUCAAUGUGUGAAGCAAAUGUCAAUCUCGUCAUAAACUCUUUCAAUUAGCAUGUUCGUUGCAAGAUCAGAACAUCGGAGGGUAAUUCCGUUCAUUAAUUUUGCGUUUACCAUCUGUCUCAUACGUUUGUAAGAAAGUUUAAAUGGAAUAAGUAAUAAUUGAAAGGGAAAGAAUCGACUAAAGGAAAAUUUUUAAAUGAAAAUGAUAAAGAAGUAUUUAAUUUAAUUAUUUAAUUGACAAUAAUCCACAUCUCAGUAUUAUAUGAAUCUCAUUAUGAGUAAUAUCUACAAGAAAGUACAGUAAUAAAAUGUUCUAUUAUUUUAUGUCAUUUAUAUACUAGACUAGUUAAAUUGUCUCAAUUGCAAUAUAUUUUACAGCUCUGCCUAAUAUUGGCUCAGGUUAGGUUAAUAUUUCAAGUUUAAUAUUUCAGCUUGUUUUGACUCUGAAAUUUUGCAUGUAUUUUAGUAAUAACAGCGCGACGAACAUGUUAAGAGUAAGCUUAAUAUAUAUUUCUAUAUAAUAACGAUAAAUAUAUUUCUACAACAUGGCUAUCCCGCGAGUUUUACGGGAAAAUAUAUAUUGACAUCCAUUCUUGUUAUUCUGCACAUAUUAAAUGUCUUCCAUCGUCGCUUAUUAUCGAGUAAAAACAUCACUUCAAUGCAUCUGCCAAUGAACUCUCGAUUAUAUACAAUAAUAACGUUGAAUACUGUCUUCUGCGGACAACUCUCUAUUGUUUUCUUUAACGAGCUACCUUGCCUUAUAAAAUUCUUUUUAUACAGCUAUCGUCUUCCAAUGUUGCUUGUUCUCGAGUGACGAUGUUCACCGAAUUAUAACGUCACUUAAAAGUGUCUUUUACCCUGCGAUAAACUGCUGACCUUUUCUAUCACUAUUAUUAUACGCACAAGGUGUUCAAUAAGUCAAUCUUUUCUUACUUGCUAACAGUGUGAUAUGCGAUUUAUAUCGCAACAGAAAUUUUGGAAGUUAAAGUGAAUCACUUUUGACUGUAUGUAACAUAUUUUUGAUGACGUUAUUAUACUCGUAUAAUCAAUCAGAAUUGAUAUAUAUUUAGUCGUAAGCGAUUAAUAUAUUGAGCAUAACUGGGAUAUCAUAUAACGCGCGUAUACCGGCAAACUAAUCUCUUGUGAUAUUUAUAUGAAUAAAACUAUAAGUCAUUGUGUUGUGAAUAAUCUUUAAUGCCUCAGUAUACUAUACGAAACAAAUGCUACUAAUGUUAAAAGAGAGUUAUGAGAUGAGAGAAUAUUUAGUAAUUGUAAGUAUUAUACGAAUUAUAUACAUAUAUAAAUGUAUACUAUGCAUAUACUAUAAUUAUAAUGAGAUAAAAUUACACACAAAAGGUGUAAUUACAAAAUUACAAGUAAUACUACGAGCAAAAGUAUAAGUUUUUUGAGAAUUAACUAAAAAUGGAAAAUUAACUUUGACAUAUAAGUCUCAACAAUGCAAAUAGAUAAUCACUUAAUUUUAAUCAAAUUUUUAUUUAAGAUGAUUAAGAAUCCAAUUUAAGAUUAUAAAUCUCUAACUGAAAAUGAAAAAGUAUAGCAAUUGAUUGUUCUUCACAAAAUUCUUUCAUAAUUUUCGCUCAAAAAGUAUUAAAAUCAAAUUUUUUAUAAAACUUGAAAGAGCGUUCGAUGUUUGUAGAAACCCUCUACAUUUAACAAAUGUUAUCAUGAAAAAUUAUGUAUUUUUAUUAUGUCAUUAAUUGUGACUUAGCGCUUUCAAUUGCUUUACUUUACGAGAUGAGCUGCUGAGAGCGUAAAUAAGCAGGUGAGCUUAUAGAAUUAUGCGUGCUAUGGAGAGGGUAUAAUCAAUCUUAACUGUGCAGUUUAUAUACGAAGUUUCCACUCAUCUCGCUAUCUUGAGAAAUAUUAAUACCAAAUUGAGCACAGGCUAAUUGAAAAUUUCGUAUUAAUAUUUUGAUAACGUAAAUAGCGAAAAGAAAUUUUGGAUAAUUAUAUCAGGGAUCCUAACAAUCAUGCUAAAUAAUAAAUUCUUGAAAAAAAAAAAAAAUGAAUACAAAAGUGAUAUAUUAGUGAUAACAAUAUUACUGAAUGUUGAAUGUAUUUUUAAAUCAUAUAAAUAUAUAUAUUAAACUAACUGCGAGUUGCAAAUGUUGUACAGUUACGUUUCAUUCGUUAAAGAUGCUACUUUAAACGAUACAAAAUUUAGAAUUAAGACAAGUGCGUUGAAAAUGCCAACGCGUAUUCAUGUCGUAGGUAAUUGUUGAAUGAAAAGAAAUGUUAUCAGAGUAUCAUGUACGGUUGAAUAAAAAUCGAUAUCACACACACACACAAA